GGUAUUUUUAAAUCAACUGUGAGCGGUCAUAUUUCCACCAAAACAUAAACAAAACAAAUAAAUAAAUUUCAAAAUGAAUCCUCUAACAAAUAUGAAAAAUGUGCUUAAGCUAAGCGAGCAUGAACUACAACAUGGUGGGAAGAAAAGCUGGCACGACAUGUACCGGGACUCGGCCUGGAUUUUCGUGGCAGGAUUUCCGUACAACCUUACGGAGGGCGAUUUGAUCUGCGUGUUUUCGCAGUAUGGUGAAGUAGUCAACAUCAACCUGAUCCGGGACUCCAAGACGGGGAAGUCAAAGGGCUUCUGUUUCCUGUGCUACGAGGAUCAAAGAUCAACAGUUCUGGCCGUCGACAAUCUAAACGGAAUCAAGAUCAUGGAUAGAACACUGCGGGUGGACCAUGUCCAAGACUAUAAGCCACCAAAGGAGAACGAGAAAAUGGACGAGGAGACCCUUCGACUUUAUAUGGAGGGUUGUGCACCAAAACCUCAAAUUCAAAACAUCAAGACUGAAAAAUCGAACCACACGAAUAAAUUUAGAUGAUAAUGUAAAUGUACUUCA